AUGAAUGUUAUAAAAGACGUCAUCAAUUUGCCAUUCAGCUAUCAUUUGAUAGCAGGAAUUGCAAUAAGAUUAGGACUUAUUGUCUAUGGUGAUUACCAUGAUAAUAAUUACGAUGUUGGCUACACUGAUGUAGACUAUAAAGUUUUUACGGACGCUGCACGGCAUGUUUUGGCGGGAAAAUCUCCUUACGCGAGGCACACGUACAGAUACAGCCCGAUUAUAGCUUACCUUUUGAUACCAAAUAUUUUAUUACACAAAUAUUUUGGCAAAAUCCUCUUUUCUGUCUUUGAUAUUCUUUUAACUAUAAUUUUGAAGAUAUUAGUUGAAAAUCAAUUGAAGUCGAAAGAAGGUGGGAGAAUUUCUAAUUAUUGUUCAUAUUUUUGGCUGUACAAUCCAUUGAGUAUCGCCAUUUCUACAAGAGGUAAUGCUGAUUCUGUGUCUUGUUUCUUUAUUAUACUGUCGAUAUUUUUCUUGCAAACAGAUAAGGUGAAGGGUUUAAUUAAAUACGUCUUAUCCGGGAUAUUAUUAGGUAUUUCAAUACAUUUACGAAUAUAUCCAUUAGCUUUCAGUUUUCCUAUGUACCUUUCAUUGUGUGAAUACAAAAUAAAUCGCAACACCGAUCUAAAAACUGGAUUUCUUGCACUAUUGCCUAAUAAAAAACAAUUAUUUUUAGCCUUUAGUUGCAUUUUCACAUUGAUUAUAAUAACUUAUACAAUGUUUUUAAAAUAUGGCUAUGAAUUUCUAUUCGAAACUUAUAUUUAUCAUUUAUUCAGAAAGGAUACGAAACAUAAUUUUUCUGUUCUUUUUUAUUACUCCUAUCUAACAAUGGAUGAAUUGAUAUUCGACGUGGUGAAACAUGUUUCACAAAUAUUAGAGUUAUUUAUAUUAUUCGUGUUAAGUUUAUCUUUUGGCUGUGAAGCGAAAACUUUGCCGUUCGCUUUGUUCUGUCAAUCUGUUAUUUUGGUCGCGUUUAAUAGUGUGAUGACGUCACAAUACUUUAUUUGGUUCCUGUCACUUUUGCCAUUGGUUGUCCAUAAUCUUCGAUUGAAACCAGUUGUAGCUUUAUCGUUGUCUAUGAUAUGGUUCGCCGCACAAGGUGCAUGGUUAUUUUAUGCAUAUUUGUUAGAAUUUAAAUGCCGAGAAAUAUUUAUUCUAAUCUGGCUGAAAGGUAUUGUUUUCUUUUGCGCAAACAUUUUUAUCUUGGUACAACUUAUAAAAAGUUACUCGCCCGAAUAUCGAUUUGGAAUAAUCGAUUAUCCUUGUGGUGUAAAAAAUAAAUAAUUCUUUUUUUAAGUAGUCGUAAUAGAUUGUGAUUUCUAGUAUAGUUUGUUCUUAGUAGUUUUAGUGAGUGAAAAUGA